CAAGCUGCAAAGUAGAGCAUUCCUCUUUCGGCUUCCGUGUGCUUGGCAGCCAGAGCCAACUGGGCUCCUCUCCGUCAAAGUUUUGGUGCUGUGGGGCAAGCCUGCCCAAAGGGGACCUUUUCCAGCAGCUCCUCAUGACACACCUGCAGUUCAAAGACGCCUUCUGGUGUAAAGAAUUCACUGUCCAUGCUGGUUAUGAUGCGCUUCUACAGCGACUACUGGAUGGGAGGAAGAUGUGCAAGGAUGUGGAGGACCUCAUCAAGCAAAGGGCACAAGCAGAAGAGCGUUACGGGAAGGAGCUAGUUCAAAUUGCUCGGAAGGCAGGAGGCCAAACAGAAAUCAACACUCUGAAAGCUUCAUUUGAAAUCCUAAAGCAACAAAUUGAAAGUAUUGGGAACUCUCACAUCCAGCUGGCCAUAAUGAUGAAGGAGGAACUGAAGGGCCUGGAAGAAUUCAGAGAAAGGCAGAAGGAGCAGAGGAGAAAGUAUGAAAGUACAAUGGAGCGAGUGCACAAGAACAAGCUCUCGAUGUACAAGAAGACCAUGGAGUCAAAGAAGUCUUAUGAGCAGAAGUGCAAAGACACUGAUGAGGCUGAACAGACCUUGGAGAGGAUAAGUGCCGUGGGCAACCCAAAGCAAACAGAAAAGAGUCAGAGCAAAGCAAAGCAGUGCAAAGAGGCAGCAACUGAAGCAGAAAGAGUGUACAAGCAGAACAUAGAAUUGUUGGAUCAGGCCCGGACUGCCUGGGAGCAGGAGCAUAUCAGCACUUGCGAGGCCUUCCAGCUCCAGGAAUGCGACCGAAUCACCAUUCUCCGGAAUUCCCUGUGGGUCCAUUGCAACCAGCUCUCCAUGCAGUGCGUGAAGGAUGAUGAGCUGUAUGAGGAGGUCCGAGUGAGCCUGGAGAACUGCAACAUAGACUCGGAUAUGAAUCACUUCGUUCAGAAUAAGAUGACUGGGAUGGAACCACCAGCUGCCAUUGGCUACGAAAACUAUUACGACAGAGUCGUGGCGGCUAAGACCUGCAGCAGCCCAGUCCCGACAUGCGGGAUGAUGAAGAGAUUCUCCGGAUUGCUCCACGGAAACAAUCGAAACACCUCUGACAGUAUUAUUCCCACAGCUCCACCAGCUGCUGAGAAAGCAGAUGGCGUUUAUGCAGCAAUUCACGUGGCCCAAGAAGAGGAGUUUUCUACAUCCGAGGACUACAGAGUCCUCUAUGAUUACACAGCCCAGAAUGAGGAUGAACUGGAUAUCCAAGCAGGUGAUGUUAUCUCCAUCAUCGAAGUAGGCGAUGAUGGCUGGUGGACUGCAGAACAGAACGGAAAGCAAGGAUUUGUGCCUGGGUCUUAUCUGGAAAAACUUUGAUGAGAGGAGCAACCUGGAGCAUUUUGAUUUUCCCUUCUCCGACCCCCCCCCCUCUAGAAAUGCCUUUUAAAAAUACAUCUUUGUGAAUGUCAUUAAGUGAAGAGCUAUGGGUCUACACUUAAAUUUAACAGAGAUUGCUGCCUAGUGUCCCAUGUUGCUAAAAACAGAACAGCACAACUACAAGAUACAUCCUUAUCUACUUUAGCAGAAUUUGGUAACUUGUAGUCUUCCUGCUGUUGCUGAACUGCAACUCUUUGUCAUCCCUGAUGAUUGUUUGGGUCUGAUGGGAGUUCGGAGUGGUGCAGGUUAGCAACCACAGGUUUAUGAUUUCUAAGAUGAUGGCCCCAUAAGGGAUCCACAGAGGACCUCUCUAGAAGACCCUUUUGUUGCAACGCAGCCCAACUGGGCAGCAACACAACCGUUUCAAGUGCCGCUUU